AUGUGGGACCUGCAGCAGAGAGAGGGAGAAGGCAGACGCAGUUGUUGGUGUGGAGCUGCCCGGCCCCUGCCUGUGCCUGGUGGAGCUUGUCCUGCUGGGGCCACUGGAGUUCAUCCAGCCAGUCGGCCCCUGCGUGGCUGCAGUGGAGAGAGGAGUGAGACAUCUGCAGCUGUGGAAAACCCCACACUGGAGCAGGUGGCUGCACCCAAAAAAGACGGUGAAUCUGUGGGAAAGCCCACACUGGAGCAGUCUGUUGAUGAAGGAUUGCACCCCACGAGAGGGAUCCAUGCUGCAGCACUUUGUGAAGAACUGCAGCCCAUGGGAAGGACUUAUGUUGGAGAAGGUCAUGGAGAACUGUCUCCUGUGGGAAGGGAUCCCACGCUGGAGGAGGGGAAGAGUGUGAAGAAUCCUCCUCCUGAGCAGGAAGGAGUGGCAGAAACGUGCACAUUCUUGGGGUCCAUAGCCUACAUCAAGUUUGUUUUCCUUCCUCAGGCCUUUUGGGAGCUGACACGGUGCGAUAACAACCUCGUGGAUCCAGAGAUCAAUGUUGGGCUCCUGAAAGCCUCUCACCAUGUUAAAACUGGGACCUGUGAAGUGGUGGCACUCCACAGAUGUUGCAAUAAGAACAAGAUAGAAGAAAGAUCACAGACAGUGAAGUGCUCCUGCUUCCCCGGGCAGGUAGCAGGUACCACCCGGGCAGCUCCUUCUUGUGUUGAUGCUUCAAUAGUGGAGCAGAAAUGGUGGUGCCACAUGCAACCAUGUCUUGAAGGGGAGGAAUGUAAAGUUCUUCCAGAUCGUAAGGGAUGGAGCUGUUCCUCUGGGAAUAAAGUGAAAACAACCAGGGCAAACGUGUAAAACUCCUCAAGUCCGAAUGGAGAAGUAGAGAAAGGAGGUUUCUGCUGUGCCUGAUGACAAUUUUUGAUUUUUCCACACACACAAAAUAUUCUGGCUCCACGUUGGAGCAAUAGUUGUGAUGAAUCCUAGUCUUGGUCGGAUUCUAAGGAAGGGACAGAACGUUCGUUGAGGAAUAAAGAGUCAAACCACUCCAGAAAAUGUGUUCCAGCCCUGGUUUAUUACUCACAGAGCAGCAGGUAACCCGAUAGCUAAAGACAAAUCAAGUCAGUCUCAAGGCUGAUAACAUUAAAUACAACACAUAGGAAUUUCAUUCCUCCAGGCAAUCCUUGAAGUGAAAUUUUAUGCUGCUGGGGUGUAUCCUUCAGAAUCAAUUGUUUCAAUGAGAACCUGGCUUGUAAUCAGCAACAGCCUUGAGAUCAAAACUACUGGAAAGUUGUUUUGAACUUCUGUGUCACAAAGAUUUCAACUGAUUGAACUGUGUACACUUGUAAAAUUGCACUUGCUGAGGAAUUUGCAGCUGUAAUCACAAGAGUUGAUAUUCAAAAGGUGCAGAAAAGCAGCAACCUUUCGUAUUCUCCAUUCCAGACCAGUGGCUUUUCAUCUUGAUGAAGUCAA